AUGGAAGAAGGAAAGAAGGAAGGAGGUGACGGCGAGCGAGUAACGAAGCCCGAUUCCGCCAUCGGGAACAACGCUCUUCUGAGCGGAGUUUCUUGGGACAACGCUAGAUGCCACAUUAUAGCGAACUUCGAACGCGGUGAUCUAAAAAUAUCGCUUGAGCCACCGUCAAGACAGGACAAGACCAUCGAGGACACAACCCAAGGAAUACCAAGACCAAACUUUUGCCGUCAGGCCGUCGAUCGACGCCAUCACAACCGCAAAUUUUGGCGGGUCGAUUCUCGAACGGGAACCGGAUUUCGAUAA